AUGUCAGACGGAUACGACUUCUCACAGCUGUAUCACGCAUCUCUAAUAUCCUAUUCACCCGGAACCACCUUCCUAGCAACCAUCUACCAGAACAGGGUGAUCAUCCGAUCGACAGCUACAUUGCAGAUCGUACGUACGUGGGCAUGUCAACUACCAAAUCCUCCAUCAUCAUCAUCAUCAUCAAGCAAAACAGUAGAGGACAAUGUAAAAAUUGAUCAUCUGGAAUGGUCAGAAGACGGAUUACACAUCCUUGCAUUUUCUUCAAUAGGCAGGACAGCUUGGGUCUUUGGAUUGGCAUCUGAAGGAGAUGGACUGUCAGGGGAGGUAGCUAGAAUAGGUGGUGAGGGGAUAGAAGGGAUGGUGAGAGUCGAAUGGGUCAAGGGUGGGAGUGGGAAAUGCGUAAUGGUUUGGUCGGAUUAUAAUUUGAAAAUAACGAUAUAUGAUUUAUCGAAUGGUUCUACGAAAAUCAUUCAAAACCCCAAAUCACCAAAUCAAUGUCAUACGUAUUCACCUGAUAAGCGAUAUCUGGCGAUUGUAGAGAAACAUCUAGGUAAAGAGUAUAUUGGGAUAUAUGAUAUGUUAGAUAACUAUAAUCUAUUCAGACACUUCCAACUAUCAGCUCUCGACGUUCAAGGUAUAAGCUGGAGUCCAUGUGGGAGGUAUAUCGCAGUUUGGGAUAGCUCUUUAUCGUACUCGAUGUUUGUCCACUCUCCCCUUGGACCACUCCUCGCCCAAUUCGAUUACACCUCACCGACUUUCUCUCCUUCUUCCUCAACCGAAGAUCCAGGUCUGGGUAUACGUACCCUCACCUGGGCACCUGGUGGGAGAUGGUUAGCCCAGGGAGGAUGGGAUGGUAAAGUGAGGAUAGUAGAGAGUGAAGGAUGGAGAUGUGUAGGGGUGUUGAGUUGGGGAAGUAGGAUAGUCGAAAAGGAUGUGAUCGUAUGGAAAGAACCUCAUGAUUGGAUUAAAGAUACUCGAGGAAGGGGUAUUGUACAGUUCGAUCGUAUUCAGACUCCAACUUCGAUACCCACGAUCCGCCCAGAUCUCAGUAAACUCAAUCCCUCUAUCGGCGUAACGCAGAUAUCGUUCGAUCGAGAUGGUGCAUUACUCUCAAUCCGGCUUGACAACUCACCAAACGUCAUACAUAUAUAUACCUUCCUGAAGACACCUACAGCCGAAUCACCCGAUAUACAGCAUUUGACAAGUACGAUAUUUGAAAAUACCAUCAAGAGUGCUGAGUGGUGUCCUUCAGGUUCAGGUACAGGUAAGAAUAGGAAAUUGGCAGUGACGGUCGUUGGUAGGACCUCUGCGGUGUAUAUGUGGGAUGAAGAAGGUGGUGGAUGGGAAGAGGAGAGUACCGAUGAUACCAAUAGGGAGUUGAACAAAGUGGAGAAUGAUGGGAGAGGUGGGAUGAUGGAAGGUGUUGGUAUACCUUCGAGAUCAGAUUUCUCAGCAAAUGAAUUACAUUGGGCACCAGAUGGGUCGUCCGUGGUCAUACAGGAUAGAUCUCAAUUCUGCUUGUUGUACAUGAACGAAUCUGAGAACACAGAUACGGAUACAAAUACGGACAGAUCGAUGAGAUGGGAUGAUGUAGAUGAAGGAUUAUCACAUGUGGUUGAAGAGGAGGAAGAAGAGGAAGAUAUAGGAGGGUGGAGUGGGUAUGGAUUGGAAUUGAGAGGUGGAUUGAGGACUGCUGUUUGGGCGUAG